CCGCGCUGCGCGGGGCGCGGCCGCUCCGGCCCGGGGCGCGGGGCCGCUCCGCCGCCGGGAGUACACAGGCAGGGCUGGAUGGGGCCCAUGGUUACGGGGUGGUGUGAGCAGCCCGACCCCACAGCGGGCUGGCAGCGGGCAGAGCACAGCAGCACCCAGCACCCACCUGUGCCGGUCCCCUCGGAAGGAGAAAACCCGCCGCGCGUCCGCGUGUGCCCCGGGCGCUCCCGGAGAGUGGAGCCGGAGGCAGGAACCUGCUGAGCCGCUGCCUGCACAUGUUUUCCGUGCCAUUCCCCGGGGGCCGCCUGCAGCGGCCGCUCGCCCGGAGCCGGGGCCCGCGCUGGUGCGUCCUCCGGCCGCCGCAGGAUGCAUCGGCCUCCUGCGAGCAGCGAUCGCGGCGCCGUGACCUUGGCAGGGCGGGAGCUCACCCCGCCUCUGGCUCAGCCCGAGCGCCUCCGGUUGUUACAACCCAGCUGCCGGUGCAGGAGACGUGCCCAGCCCCUGGGGCCUGAUCCUGCCACGCAGGAGCCUAGAGCGAGGUGAUGGCUGGGCAUGGGGGAAAGUGUGAGCCAUGACAGCUGUCCUGGUUCCCAUCAUUGUCCCUACUUCAUGGCUAGGGUCAGAUGUGGUGCUCACAGCCAGCUCAGUGACAGUUCUGCCCCUGUCUCAGCCUGACACUGUCCCCUUGUUGUCCCUGUCCCAGAUGUGCCAAGUCCAGCUGAAGCACUGUGGGUGUGAGGAAGGCAGUGCAGCACCAUGACUGCUGCACAGGGGGUUCUCCUGCGCCCCAUCACCAUGGGAAUGCUCCUGCAGAGCCUCUUCCUCCUCUUCCUCCUCCUCCUGGGCUCCUGCCUCCACACAGCCGCUGCCUUCCCCAAGGGUUGUUACCCCUCAGAAGAGGAGGGGCUGAAGACCUUUCGCUGCAGCAACGCUCAGCUGACUGAGGUCCCCAGGGACAUCCCCAACGACACCAACAAGCUCUACCUGGACUUCAACCAAAUCCCCUUCCUGCCUCGCGAUGCCUUCCAGGACCUGCCACUCCUGCUGGAGCUGGAUCUGUCCCACAAUGCCAUCACCAGAAUUGAAUCUGGGGCUUUCCAGGGCCUGGCAGAGCACCUGCACUCCCUGGACUUGUCUUCCAACAGGCUGGUAUCGGUCAGCAAAGACACCUUUAGCAACCUGAAAGCCAAGGUGAACCUGUCCAACAACCCGUGGCUGUGUGACUGUCGGCUGCAGGAGCUGAUCCGUGCCGUGGAGCUGGCGGCCGACUCCUCGGGGGGCAUCGUGUGCGACUCCUCCACACAGGAGGAGCACGUGGGCAAAGCUUUCCUGCAGGUCAUUGCUGACACAGACUUCUGCAACGUGUACAAGAAGACCACGGACAUCGCCAUGCUGGUCACCAUGUUCGGCUGGUUCGCCAUGGUGAUUUCCUACCUGGUUUAUUACGUGAGGCAGAACCAGGAGGACGCCCGGCGGCACCUGGAGUAUCUCAAGUCACUGCCCAGCAAACAGAGGCGAUCAGAGGAGUCGUCCACCAUCAGCACUGUGGUGUGAGCACAGCAUCAUGCAGGACAUGGGGACGUGUGGAGCUGGGGACCGGCCACUCCAGGGGCUGUCAUCAGCCACUGGAAUCGCACAGAGAUACUCCUGGAUUUGUUCUGUUCUCCUCUUGACAGCAGCAGCCACGGUUGAUGAGUCCCUGGCUCUGGUGGCUGAAGUCAGGGAUGGAUAUGAGCACGGAGGAUCUGCAGCAUCCUCCCAAGUUAUGGAGGACUGGAGCAACCUGGAGCAUCCCCCUGGCAUGUGGCCCUUGCUCUGACUGACUUGGACAUUUGGACUUCAUCUAAAACUUUUUAUAUUUCCUUUGCAGACAUCCCUUGGGGCAUUAUGGAAUCGGUGUUUUCAUCUCUCCCCGGCUCCCCCUUGGCUGCCCAAGGGAUGGUACGGCAGCCCAGGGCAGCCUGGGCCUGGAUCCCUGCUGGGAGGGCACUGGGGAGGGGCAGUACGGGUGCAAGGCCAGUGCCCUGCCAGGUCACUGGCCCUGGAAGGUCACGGGCUGCGACCGCAGCCAGCGGGACCAAGGGGUGGGGCAGGGGGUGGGGACACCCCGGUUGUUGCCGCCCCAUCUUGCGUUUCAUCUCCCUGCCCCUUUCCCGGCGCUCAGGCCAGGUGGGGCAGGAGGUAUGGGUGUCCCCACUCGGACAUAGGCAAGCCCAGAGCCUUUCCUCUCGGAGUGUGGGGAACGAGAACCAGACGGGGAAUGAGCUCCCUUUGGGGCUGCCAAGGGAUUUGGGUGCUGAUGGAGGGGCAGCUGGGGGCCCUGGCAGUGGGUCCAGCCCUGCUGGGAUGUUGGGGGUGAGGGGUUCCCCUCGGUGCUCUCGGGGACCACGUGGGAGGGUGUUGGCAGCGCCCUUGGCCAUCUGCUCAUGUCACUGCCAGAGGGGAGUUCCCACCUCACAAGCUGCUGACCAGUCACUGUGAUGGGAAGCAGGAUGGAGGGAUCUGCCAUGGCUCCUCUGUCCUCUCCCCACCCCUGCACUGCUGUCAGGAGUCUGAAUCUCCCCUAAAAUAUCCCAAAGUCCCUUCUUGACAUUUCCAGUAUUGGGCUGCAGGUUCCUGGUGGCAGUGGUGGAGGUGAUGCUGCGCACAGGGCUGGCACAGACAGGGGUCAGUGCCCGCUUUUGGGCAUGCAGGGUCCAAGUGGCAACUCAGAGCAAAACCAGAGCAGCCCCAGACUCUUCCACCUGCCUGUCUGGCCUGUGGGACAUCUGGUUUUGCUGCUUUUGGCCUUUUUUUAAACCAACCAAUGCUAAAUUGCCUUAACUCACCAAGAGCACCAACCAAAGCCGCUGGAACCUCCUCUGCACCGGGCCAGAGCUGCCUUGUUGCCAGGCCCAGCCUCAGCCCCUGGUGUGGGCAGCUCCAGCUGUGCCCUCGUGCCCCGGGGCUGGUGGGAGCCGUGGGACUGAGCCGGCCAGGAGCAGGGCCCACCCUUCCACAAGUGCCUGAUUCCAGCAGAGAGCAGGAGCUCUGCAACGCACAAACACCUCAGCCCCAGCUCCCAUCCGGGCGUCCCCGCGGCCCCACGGCUGCUCCUUCCCUCUCUACAACCGGCUGAAGAGAAAAGGGGCGGGGGGGCCCCGGCCGAACCCCCCCAGGCUGCUCCCCCCAGGCCACCGCUUGUGCCGGGACCACCCGACCCAUCUGUGUUUGGGUUAAGGGACAUUUUAGUUCUUACUUUAUACGACAAUAAAGUUGGCUUUUACUUUGGA